AACGACGCGCGCGCCCCCGACCCCCGCGGCGGCCGGACACACUCGCGUCCCGGCCCGCGCGCCGCCCUCCCGCCUGCUCCCUCCAGUCACCCCACCCUUAGCUGUCCCCGCCACCUCGCUCCACCACCCUCCCCUGCCGCUCCGCGCACUCCGCCUCUGGGCCUCCAGCUCUUCUCUCCCCGAACCGCUCACUUGCCAGCCCUUGGCCCCGGGAAGAAGAAACAUUUCCCGAAGCGAUCUCCUCAACCCUCCCUUCCCCACCGCGGUCGCCCUCCCCUCCCCCUGCUCUUUCUUGGGGGAGGGGGGCUGUCGCCUCAGAUUGAAGGCCAUUGAUUUGUAUGUAUUUGUCCCAGUGCCGGAGGCUGCCCCAGCCGCCGGCGUCCGUGCCGCCGCUGCCAGUGGAGUUGGCUCCCUGCUUCCCUAGGGUGGUUCAGGUCCACCAAACAUGUCGGCUCCAGUCGGGCCCCGGGGCCGCUCGGCUCCCACCCCGGCGGCCUCUCAGCCGCCUCCGCAGCCCGAGAUGCCCGACCUCAGCCACCUCACCGAGGAGGAGAGGAAAAUCAUCCUGGCUGUUAUGGAUCGGCAGAAGAAGGAAGAGGAGAAGGAGCAGUCAGUGCUCAAGGUCAAAGAAGAAUACAAACCACAACCGACACAGUGGUUUCCCUUUAGUGGGAUCACUGAACUGGUAAAUAACGUUCUUCAGCCCCAGCAAAAACAACAAAAUGAAAAGGAACCCCAGACAAAACUUCAUCAGCAGUUUGAAAUGUAUAAGGAGCAAGUUAAGAAGAUGGGAGAAGAAUCACAGCAACAGCAAGAACAGAAGGGUGAUGCCCCAACUUGUGGUAUCUGCCACAAAACGAAAUUUGCUGAUGGAUGUGGCCAUAACUGUUCAUAUUGCCAAACAAAGUUCUGUGCUCGUUGUGGAGGUCGAGUGUCAUUACGCUCAAACAAGGAGGACAAAGUGGUUAUGUGGGUAUGUAAUUUGUGCCGAAAACAACAGGAAAUCCUCACUAAAUCAGGAGCAUGGUUUUAUAACAGUGGAUCUAAUAUACCACAGCAAUCUGAUCAAAAAGUUCUUCGAGGACUGCGAAAUGAGGAGGCGCCUCAGGAGAAGAAAGCAAAACUGCGUGAGCAGGCCCAAUUCCAAGGACCCCCAGGUGACUUAUCUGUACCUGCAGUGGAGAAAAGUCGAUCUCAUGGGCUCACAAGACAGGAUUCUAUUAAAAAUGGGUCAGGAAUGAAGCACCAAAUUGCCAGUGACAUAGCUUCAGACAGGAAAAGAAGUCCAUCGGUGUCCAGAGAUCAGAAUAGAAGAUACGACCAAAGGGAAGAAAGAGAAGAAUAUUCGCAGUAUGCUCCUUCAGACAGCGCAAUGCCCAGAUCUCCAUCAGACUAUUCUGAUAGACGAUCUCAACUUGAACCUCAGUUUUAUGAAGAAUCUGAUCAUUUAAAUUAUAGGGAUUCUAACAGGAGAAGUCAUAGGCAUUCCAAAGAAUAUAUUGUAGAUGAUGAGGAUGUGGACAGCAGAGAUGAAUAUGAAAGACAAAGGAGAGAGGAGGAGUACCAAGCCCGCUACAGAAGCGAUCCAAAUUUGGCCCGUUAUCCAGUAAAGCCACAGCCCUAUGAAGAACAAAUGCGUAUCCAUGCUGAAGUGUCCCGAGCACGGCAUGAGAGAAGGCAUAGUGAUGUUUCUUUGGCAAAUGCUGAACUAGAAGAUUCCAGGAUUUCUUUACUAAGGAUGGAUCGACCAUCAAGGCAAAGAUCCAUAUCUGAACGUAGAGCUGCCAUGGAAAAUCAGCGAUCUUAUUCAAUGGAAAGAACUCGAGAAGCUCAGGGACAAAGUUCUUACCCACAAAGGACCACAAACCAUAGUCCUCCUACCCCUCGGAGGAGUCCAAUACCCACUGAUAGACCAGACAUGAGGCGUACUGACUCACUAAGGAAACAACACCUAGAUCCCAGCUCUGCUGUGAGGAAAACAAAACGGGAAAAAAUGGAAACUAUGUUGAGGAAUGAUUCUCUCAGUUCAGACCAGUCAGAAUCAGUGAGACCACCACCACCAAAGCCUCAUAAAUCAAAGAAGGGUGGGAAAAUGCGCCAGGUUUCAUUGAGCAGUUCUGAGGAGGAGUUGGCUUCCACACCUGAAUAUACAAGUUGUGAUGAUGUUGAGAUUGAAAGUGAGAGUGUAAGUGAAAAAGGGGACAGUCAAAAGGGAAAAAGAAAAACUAGUGAGCAGGCAGUUUUGUCGGACUCUAACACCAGGUCUGAGAGACAAAAGAAAAUGAUGUACUUUGGUGGCCACUCUUUGGAAGAGGAUUUGGAAUGGUCUGAACCUCAGAUUAAGGACUCUGGGGUAGAUACCUGUAGUAGCACAACCCUUAACGAGGAGCAUAGCCAUAGUGAUAAGCAUCCUGUGACCUGGCAACCAUCUAAAGAUGGAGAUCGCCUAAUUGGUCGUAUUUUAUUAAAUAAGCGACUAAAAGAUGGAAGUGUUCCUCGAGACUCAGGAGCAAUGCUUGGUUUAAAGGUUGUAGGAGGAAAGAUGACUGAAUCAGGUCGGCUCUGUGCAUUUAUUACCAAAGUCAAAAAAGGAAGUUUAGCUGAUACUGUAGGACAUCUUAGACCAGGUGAUGAAGUAUUAGAAUGGAAUGGAAGGUUAUUGCAAGGAGCAACAUUUGAGGAAGUGUACAACAUCAUUUUAGAAUCCAAACCUGAACCACAAGUGGAGCUUGUUGUUUCUCGGCCUAUUGGAGAUAUACCUAGAAUACCUGAUAGCACACAUGCACAACUGGAAUCCAGUUCUAGCUCAUUUGAAUCUCAAAAAAUGGAUCGGCCUUCUAUUUCUGUUACCUCUCCCAUGAGCCCUGGCAUGUUGAGGGAUGUUCCACAGUUCUUAUCUGGACAACUUUCAAGCCAAAGCCUUAGUAGAAGAACAACGCCUUUUGUUCCUAGGGUUCAGAUAAAACUAUGGUUUGACAAGGUUGGUCACCAAUUAAUAGUUACAAUUCUGGGAGCAAAGGAUCUCCCCUCCCGGGAAGAUGGGCGACCAAGGAAUCCUUAUGUUAAAAUUUACUUUCUUCCAGACAGAAGUGAUAAAAACAAGAGAAGAACAAAAACGGUUAAAAAAACAUUGGAACCCAAAUGGAACCAAACAUUCAUUUAUUCUCCAGUUCAUCGAAGAGAAUUUCGAGAACGAAUGCUGGAAAUUACCCUUUGGGAUCAAGCUCGAGUUAGAGAGGAAGAAAGUGAAUUUUUAGGAGAGAUUUUAAUUGAAUUAGAAACAGCAUUAUUAGAUGAUGAACCACAUUGGUACAAACUUCAGACCCAUGAUGUCUCUUCAUUGCCACUUCCCCAUCCUUCUCCGUAUAUGCCACGAAGACAACUCCAUGGAGAGAGCCCAACGCGGAGGUUGCAAAAUAAAGCCUUAUGUUCAUAUAAUUCAGGGUCAAAGAGAAUAAGUGAUAGUGAAGUCUCUGACUAUGACUGUGAUGAUGGAAUUGGUGUAGUAUCAGAUUAUCGUCACAAUGGUCGAGAUCUUCAAAGCUCAACAUUAUCAGUGCCAGAACAAGUAAUGUCAUCAAACCAUUGUUCACCCUCAGGUUCUCCUCAUCGAGUAGAUGUUAUAGGAAGGACUAGAUCGUGGUCACCCAGUGUCCCUCCUCCACAAAGUAGGAAUGUGGAACAGGGACUUCGAGGGACCCGUACUACAACUGGACAUUAUAAUACAAUUAGCCGAAUGGAUAGACAUCAUAUCAUGGAUGACCAUUACUCUCCAGAUAGAGACAGUCAUUUUCUUACUCUACCUCGCUCCAGAUACAGUCAGACCAUUGACCAUCAUCACAGGGAUGGCAGGGAUUGUGAAGCAGCAGAUAGACAGCCAUAUCACAGAUCCAGAUCAACAGAACAACGGCCUCACCUUGAGCGGACCACCACCCGCUCCAGAUCCACUGAACGUCCUGAUACAAACCUCAUGAGGUCGAUGCCUUCAUUAAUGACUGGAAGAUCUGCCCCUCCUUCACCUGCCUUAUCGAGGUCUCAUCCUCGAACUGGGUCUGUCCAGACCAGCCCAUCAAGUACUCCAGUGGCAGGACGAAGGGGCCGACAGCUUCCACAGCUUCCACCAAAGGGAACAUUGGAGAGAAACAAUGGAGUCAAGGAGAUAGAACCUUAUGAAGAAGUUACAUGGGAAGACCAGCAGAAAAAGGUGAAUGGUACAAUAAGUGAUGACACACCAUUGCCGAAAAAGAAACACCAAUCUGAGCCAGAAGAAGUGGACUCCCCAAGGAGAAGAUAUGCAGGUGCUAUGGAUAUAGAGGAGAGAAAUCGCCAAAUGAAAAUUAACAAAUACAAACAGGUAGCCGGAUCAGAUUCCAGACUGGAACAAGAUUACCAUUCAAAGUAUCGAUCAGGAUGGGAUCCUCAUAGAGGGGCAGAUAAUAUUUCCACUAAAUCUUCGGACAGUGAUGUAAGUGAUAUAUCUGCGGUUUCAAGGACUAGUAGUGCUUCUCGUUUCAGCAGCACAAGCUACAUGUCUGUCCAAUCAGAACGACCAAGAGGAAACAAGAAAAUCAGGCCAAAGGGAAUAGAAGAGGGAGGGAAAGAAGGGGAUAAGCAAGAAGAGAUAGCUCAUGAGGAGGAAGUGGUAAAGGAAGAAAGAAUUAAUGAGAAUGGGAAAGGGAAAGAGAUUACAAAAACCUGUAAUAAGGAGGAAAACAGAGAAUCAGGAGACGAGGAAAAAACACAAGAUAUACCUGAGCAAGGGAGAGAAAAAGAACAGUGGAAUAAAGAGGAUUUGCAAAGGAGAUUGUCACAAGAUGAUACCAGUGUCUUUACAUCCAAAAUGCAAAGCAGACAAAUGGGCAUAUCAGGGAAGAACAUGACCAAAAGCACCAGCAUCAGUGGAGACAUGUGCUCACUGGAGAAGAAUGAUGGCAGCCAGUCUGACACUGCAGUGGGCGCGUUGGGCACCAGUGGCAAGAAGCGACGCUCUAGCAUUGGGGCCAAAAUGGUAGCUAUUGUUGGUCUCUCUCGGAAAAGUCGCAGUGCUUCUCAACUCAGCCAAACGGAAGCAGGAGGUAAAAAGCUACGGAGCACUGUCCAGAGGAGUACAGAAACAGGUCUGGCGGUGGAGAUGAGGAACUGGAUGACCCGACAGGCAAGCCGGGAAUCCACUGAUGGCAGCAUGAACAGCUAUAGCUCAGAAGGAAAUCUGAUUUUCCCUGGUGUCCGCUUGGCCUCCGAUAGCCAGUUUAGCGAUUUCCUUGAUGGCCUUGGUCCUGCUCAGCUAGUGGGACGCCAGACUUUAGCUACUCCUGCAAUGGGUGAUAUUCAGAUAGGAAUGAUGGACAAAAAGGGACAAUUGGAGGUGGAAAUCAUUCGGGCCCGUGGCCUUGUUGUAAAACCAGGUUCCAAGACACUGCCAGCACCCUACGUAAAGGUGUACCUAUUAGAUAACGGAGUCUGCAUAGCCAAGAAGAAAACAAAAGUGGCAAGAAAAACGCUGGAGCCCCUUUACCAGCAGCUGUUAUCUUUUGAAGAGAGUCCUCAAGGAAAAGUUUUACAGAUCAUUGUCUGGGGAGAUUAUGGCCGCAUGGAUCACAAAUCCUUUAUGGGUGUGGCCCAGAUUCUUUUAGAUGAACUGGAACUAUCCAAUAUGGUGAUUGGAUGGUUCAAACUCUUCCCCCCUUCCUCCCUAGUAGAUCCAACCUUGGCCCCUCUGACCAGAAGAGCUUCCCAGUCAUCUCUGGAAAGUUCAACCGGACCUUCUUACUCUCGUUCAUAGCAGCUGUAAAACUGUUGUCACAGCAACCAGCGUUACAAAAGGAAAAAAAAAUAAAGAAAAAAAUCCACAGGUCGCAAACCCUGGUAACACUGCAUGCUUAAUGUUGUGUCUUCUGAGCCUGUUUCUAGGGAUACAGAGCGAUCCUGUGUUCUCAGAGGAAGUUGCACACAUUGUGCCCUAAGGAAGGCCCUCAGGUGAAAGGACAGAGCUAUGAAGAACUGAGAGGUUUGGAGUUCAGCCACACUGGAGUUGUGGUCCAAUCUGAAGCCAUGGAUUUAUCUCAAAGAAUCAGUCAGUUUCAUGCAACAAAAGCCCUUUUCAAUGGCACCUUUAUAUUUUUAUUGUUCCUUUUUCUUCAUUUAUCUGAUCCCAAAGCCCCAUUAUGCCACAGAAAUAGAGCUAUACAGCCUCUGAGCCAUGUUACAGGUCAAGGAGCAAAGAAGUCCUUAGAAGCAUCAGGUGUAAAGCAAGACACCAAAGAAGUGGUCGGGAACAAAGCAUCAGCCCUCCCCUGGACGGGGUCCAGCAGGAAGAGUGGCCAAGUCAGUAGCUCCAGCCGCAUGUCAUUCACUAAUGCCAAGAUGUGUUGGACUCUGAAAAACAAAGUUCUGUGGCUACACUGUACUGAAUGAAAUUAAAGAAACUUUUUUUGCAUGGACACAGAUUAGCUGAUUACUUAAAUUAUUUUCUUGGGGCUGCAACUUGCAAAAAAAGAAAAAUAAAUAAAAAUCAGCCAUUUUCAACAAUUUAUAUUAUUUUUAAAAAUAAAUUUCACUAGUGCAUGGUUUUAAAAAGGGGAGAGAAUGCAACAGGGUGAUACAAGACACACCAUGUUUAUUCUUUAAACUAAUCAUAGUCUGUGUUUUGGCAGACAUUACAAAUGAAAAUUCUUUCUAGAAGAUGCGUAAAAUUCUCUUUAUGUGACAAAUAAGUAUAAUAUAUUCAAUUUAUUUCCAUGUUAAAUAUACAGAUCUUAUGGAGCUCAAUAUGUGCAAAUUUUUCACAUCUUUCUCUUCUCUGUCUUACUUUUCCUCUUCUCCCUCUUUUAAUCUUUUAUUUUUGUUCUCCCAGAGUGAACCUUAUUCUAAAAAAUUACAACUUUUUGAUCUGAUCCUCUCUUAUAACCCAUGUUUGAUUCAGAGCUAUAGAUGCUUCUGAAUUUAUGAAUUUCUCAAGGGAAAAAUCUAUUUAAGAGCUUUCUUUAUUUCAAGCAUGUUGAAAAGGAUUUUGCAACAUGACUUGGGAGUACAUUAAAGUAAGUCAGCAUGUAUUUGACAAAGAACUUUUGCAAUUUAUUGUACAGUGCAUGGUAAUUUUUUUUCACCUUCAAAAUUCAGUUUACAGGAAAAUCCUAAAAUCAUAUGGCCAUUGUAAUGUCUAAUAAAUUUGUUUUUAGCACCAGCAUUAUUCAUACAGGGGUUAAAGUAUUAUUUGUAGAAGGUCUCAGGUUUUGUUUGUUUUUUAAUUAGUUAAAGCAGUUUCUUUAGCCAAUUUCCAUUUACUAUGUGAAUAGAAACACUGCUAAAAAUUUGAAGCCCUGAAACACAGGGCUGUUUAUUAAUUCAUUUUUCUGUAGUAAAAUUCAAUUUUUCACAAAUUAUAUUUCUAAAGAAAUAUAGUAAACAUAAAUUUGCAACAAUUUUAAAGCUCCAAUUUUUAGGUGACUCCAAGAAAGUCAAUAUGCCUAUUAAUAGUUCUUUGAUGCCAUCACCAAAAGUCUUCAGGCAAUUUCUUUAAAGUCGAAACCCCUGCCUUUGGUUUUACAGAGAGUUAUUACCAUUGGGUGGUGCUGCAAGGUCAGAUUUCUCUUAAGUUCCCCUAUUUUGAGGAAAAGUCACUGGAUAAUGUAUAAACCACCCAUACUUUCUGGUUCUUAUGUACAUUUUGAUAGUACAUUCUUAUAGAUUGGUUUUAAUUUCUUGCAAUAACUUUUGAAAUCCACAUACCUCCCAUUUGUUGAAAUGAAGACCAUGCACAAAAAUUCUUUUCUUCUCUUCCUCUUCUUUUUUUUUUAAUCCAGUGCUGACCAUUACAAACUAUCAUGCUUGAUAUGGUGCAAAAGUUAAAAUGAGUAUCACUAAAAAUGCCUUCUCAUUAUGUGGUGCAAUAUGAAAUACACCGAGACUGUGUCUUGAUAUUUGGAGAUCUAUGAUGGACCCAGGUAAAGUUGUUAAAAGAAUGAAUAAAACUUUAUUGAAAUAAUUUAGACACCUGUGUACCAGCAACAAUUGGUUUAAUAGACCUAUAGUGUCUAUACUAUCCCUUAGAUUAAACGUUUACCAUUUUCCUGAUACUAAGAUGCACUCACAUAAUCUUUUGUGCAUAUUCCUAUAAAAUUAUUUCUAAUUUUAAUAAGAAGGACAUGACUGUAUGGAAUAUUUGUACAUACGUGUCAUUAUGCAGUAUUUAUUUAAAAGUUGGUGUUUUUGUUUUUGUUUUUAAUUUCCACAUGUCUGCACCUCAACUCGUGGUUUAGUCAUGUAAAUAGCACUCUGCCAGUGACCAUUGCUGCCCUGUACAUAGUAUGUUUUAAAGUAAAGGGAAUUCCAGUUGGGGAAAAAAAAAAAAGGGCAGAUUAGUCCUGUAACAAACACCAACUAAUGUAAAUCAAAUUCAUUCUGGUGAUGGUAUUUAACACUUUAAAUAAAACAUUUUCUUUACA